AUGUGUCAUCAUAUUACUCUAAAAGACACUACUGAGUUCUUGAAUUUUAACUAUGAAAAAUUGAAGGGAAUCUUAGAGAGCGACGACUUGAAUGUGUCUUGCGAAGAAGAUGCCUUUGAUGCGAUUAAACGAUGGUACAAACAUGAUACUCCCGGCCGUGAACGUCAUUUGCCUGACCUCAUUGGUUGCUUGCGUUUACCGCAAUUCGAUGCGAAUUUCAUAUUGACAAAUAUUUACCCAUUGCCAGGAUGUGAGACGUUGGCUUUACAGACAAUAGUAUGGGACAGUCAACCUUUGGCACGAAAUGUAAUAGCAUUAAAAUUCAAAGAACCGCGACAAUCUUCACGUAAAAAUGUUAAAGAGAAAUUUUAUUUCGCGGUGGAAACAACUGGUUUUGAUCGUUUUAAAUGUAUUUUACGAUAUAAUAAAAGUGUAGAUAAAUGGCUAAGAUAUGCAGCUAUAGAUACCUUUCGUGUCUUUUGGGCCAGAGUUGUUUUUAAUGAUGAUAAUCUAAUAUUCACCGGUGGACGACAAGGUCGACAAGCGAAUGAAAUUAUAAGCUUGAAUUUGCGAAGUAAAAGAUGGAAACAGCUGCCAGCAAUGACUUACAUACGGGAUGACCACAUAGUUGUACCUUUAGAUGGCAAAAUGUACGCGAUUGGUGGAGAGAACGGAAGGAGUCUUUUAGCGUCGGUAGAAGUGUUCACCUCCACUGGGGGUUGGCGGACGGUACGCGACAUGAAUACACGACGUAGUGCGGCAGCGGCAGUGGCCUUUAAUGGAAACAUUUUCGUAAUGGGAGGUGACGGAGGAUGUGAACCUUUAAACUCUGUUGAACGCUACGAUCCAAAUACAGAUAUUUGGACUUUUUGUGCGAGUACGAAUAACUCGUUUAGCUAUCAUGGUGCUGCCGUACACAAGGGAUUCAUAUAUAUUGUAGGAAAAGGGGCGGCUGAGCGAUACGAUCCACGAAGAGAUGAAUGGACGAAUAUCUGUGCGUGUCCUUCCGCAAUAGCGAGCCCUGGUUGUGUUUCCUUAAACAAUCAGUUAUGGACUAUCGGCGGUUGGUGGUGUGGACCAAAAGACUGCUCUUAUGUUUAUGACGAGGAAAGUGAUCGGUGGGUGGAAAAGUCUCGUCUACCUAAAAGUGCUAUAUACUAUUGCUUUACAACGUCUGAAGCUUUGCUCUAAUUUGCUUAAUAUGAAUAAAAAAAAUUGAAAACUGUGUAAAAUAUUUUAUACAUAAAUAAAAGUGAA